UAAUGAGAGUUCCGAUUAAGGGUAUCGUUCACUGGCCAUACUGAACACACAAGUCGUCAAACUGACUGUUUCAAGGUCUUGUUGCGUUUCCCGACGAGAAGGUUCUCGAUGAAGUAGCAACGAUGCGAUACGUCGCCGCGAACACCACUAUCCCGGUUCCUCGGGUCGUCCAUUACGGAACCGCUGCGGAAAACCCGACUGGACUUGGACCGUUCAUCAUUAUGGACUACAUUGAGCACCACCGGAACAUGUCCAGAGCGCUGCUGGAUCCGAGACGUCCGAUUGACGAGCGCCCUGUCUUGGAUCCCGGGAUCGGACAAGAGAAACUGGAGUUUCUGUAUAGCCAGAUCGCCAACAUCCUAUUACAGCUGUCCUCGCUGAAUUUCCCCCGCAUCGGCUCUCUUGCCCAAGAACACGAGGGCGAUUCGAUAACCGUUGGGAGGAGGCCCUUCGCGACGAAUAUGAAUGAGCUGAUUAUCCACACGAACAUGCCAACGCGUGUGUUCCCGUCUCAGACCUAUGGUACGGCGGAAGAAUGGUACGGCGCCCUUGUAGAUAUGCACAUGGCCCAGCUCGCGCUCCAGCACAACGACACGACGGAAAAUGACGACGAUGUCCGCGAUAAAUACGUUGCGCGCAAGCUGUUCCGGAGGCUCGUCGAUGCGAAUAAUCUCUGGCCGGAUCAGGGACCGUCCGCCCGCUCUUUCAAGCUGUUCUUCCAGGGCCUAAGGCCGGCCGACGUCCUCCUAGACGAGGAUCUCCGAGUCGUCGGUGUCAUAGACUGGGAGUUUGCCUACGCGGCGCCGGCCGAGUUUACCUUCGACCCGCCCUGGUGGCUGCUCCUGCUCGAGCCAGAAUACUGGCCUGGCGGGUACAGUGAGUGGAUGAAGGUUUACGAGCCCCGGUUUCACACAUUUCUCCGCAUGCUAGAAGCCGAAGAGAAGAAGAUGGCAGCAGGGACGAGCGGUGUUGCAUCGCUUCCCGACAAUGACGGUGGCGCGCCCGCUCCGCUGCUUUCCCAGAGCAUGAGAAAGAGCUGGGAAGAGCGGACCUGGAUGGUCAAUUACGCGGUAAGAAGCAGCUGGGCGUUCGACUUCAUCUGGUGGAAGUUCCUGGAUGAGCGGUACUUCGGGCCAAACGAGGACCAAGACCACCGCGCUAGGCUACAUCUACUUUCGGAGCCACAGAAGGCGGCAAUGAGUGACCUGGUCGCAGCCAAGGCAGAUGAGCGUUUGCGUAGGAUGGUUUUCGAAUGGGAUGAAGCUUUGGCGGUUGAUCGUCUUAAUAGACUGCUGGCUUAGUGACCGUGUAGGAGUUAUCAGUUCUGCUUCCUUAUUCGAGGGGGGAGUAUGAACGCUGAAGCCUAGGCACGCUGCCCGUAAAGGCAGUUGGCCAAGGCCCGGAUUGAGACAAGCACAUACGAGGGCAAAACACCUACGGUAGCGCUGGCCGUUCCGCUAGGACGUAUAAAUACUCUGAACGUUGAUCUUUUCAAACCGUUGGACUCAUUUCUUAGGCUUGUUGUCAAAAAUUAUUGGUUCACUCUCUCCAUUUUAAUGCCAAUCUACCAAUUGUCCCAUAUCAGGUCCAGCGUUCUCCUUGACCUUCGGCGCAAGAGAUAUCACAUUGUUUUCCUAAGCUUGUAGACGACGGCACGGAAUUAGACAGUUGGUUCGGAAGAAGCUACGGAAACGGGGUAUUAU